AGACUUUGACUCUUAACGGCUGAGCUCUCGGGAGGACUCGGAGGCUUCGGGUCGGAGGUGGGAGGCCGUAGGCAUCAUGGACAAAUGUAAAGAAAACAGCAUCUCGGGGCCUAAGACUACAGUUCCACUUGGUGAUGGCCCAAAACGUGUUCCGGUGACUCAGCAAUUUCCUUCUCAGAAUCCGGUGUCUGCGAACAGUGGCCAGGCUCAGCGGGUCUUGUGUCCUUCAAAUUCCUCGCAGCGUGUUCCUUCACAAGUGCAAAAGCUUGUCUCCAGCCAAAAACCCGUACCGACCCUGAAGCAGAAGCCGGCGUGGGCAGCCAGCGCCCCUCGUCCUGUGUCCAGGCCGCUGAGUAACACCCAGAGCAGCGAGCAGCCCCAGCUCCCAGCACCUGGAAAUAAUCCUGAAAAGGAAGCGGCAUCAAAACAGAAAAAUGAAGAAUCAAAAAGAAGGCAGUGGGCUUUGGAAGAUUUUGAAAUUGGUCGCCCGCUGGGUAAAGGAAAGUUUGGUAAUGUUUAUUUGGCAAGAGAAAAACAAAGCAAGUUUAUCCUGGCUCUUAAAGUAUUAUUUAAAGCUCAGUUGGAGAAAGCAGGAGUUGAGCAUCAGCUGAGGAGGGAAGUAGAAAUACAGUCCCACCUUAGGCAUCCAAAUAUUCUCAGGCUGUAUGGUUAUUUCCAUGAUGCUACCAGAGUCUACCUAAUUCUGGAAUAUGCACCCCUCGGAGCUGUCUAUAGAGAACUUCAGAAACUGUCAAAGUUUGAUGAGCAGAGAACUGCUACUUAUAUCACAGAAUUGGCAAAUGCCCUGUCUUACUGUCAUUCAAAGAGAGUUAUUCAUAGAGACAUUAAGCCAGAGAACCUGCUCCUUGGAUCAUCUGGAGAGCUUAAGAUUGCAGAUUUUGGGUGGUCAGUACAUGCCCCAUCCUCCAGGAGAACCACCCUCUGCGGCACCCUGGACUACUUGCCGCCUGAGAUGAUCGAAGGCCGGAUGCAUGACGAGAAGGUGGACCUCUGGAGCCUUGGGGUGCUUUGCUACGAAUUUCUAGUUGGGAAGCCUCCUUUUGAGGCAAACACAUACCAAGAGACCUACAAAAGAAUAUCACGGGUGGAAUUCACAUUCCCUGACUUUGUGCCAGAGGGAGCCAGGGACCUCAUUUCCAGACUGCUGAAGCAUAAUCCCAGCCAGCGGCCCACCCUCAAAGAAGUACUUGAACACCCCUGGAUCACGGCAAAUGCAAAACCAUCGAGUAGUCAAAAAAAAGAAUCAGCUAGCAAACAAUCUUAGGAAUCUUUGGGGGCAGAAAUCCUCGAGACAGGGCUGCUGAUAACCUGCCUGGAACAGGCUGCUGGCAUACCUCCCUGCUGCCUGCCCGCCGUCGAGAUGCUACAGGAAAUACUGUUUAUGAGCAGGCGGUGCGCGGCCUCCCAGUUCAGAGCUCCACCUCCGCAGACACGACACUCUGCAGUGGGAGUAGCCGUGGUUAUCUCAUCAAUCUGGAGGCGAGGUUCAAGUGCAGCCACCCCGCAGCCUGUUUCGAGCAAGGUGUCCUUGUGGAAGAUGGACUUGCCGCCUGGCUGUGGGCAAGGGCGGCUGCUUGGUCCUGACUCGACCCGUUGAAAAGCUGUGCAAUAACUUUCCAAGUCCCUGUGUGCGUGUAACUUAUCGGGUGGCCCGGUCUGGUAAAGCUGUCGGAAUGAACAUGUGAUUCUUUCUUUUAAAUGUUAAAAUAAAGACUUCUGUGUAGACGUGUA